AUGGUUUCUGCUCCUUCAAUUUCUAUGGCUGCUGCUGUUGAUGAGGCCAAUCCUUUACUGCAAGACUUUGAAUUUCCUCCUUUUGAUGUUGUGGAGGCUAAACAUGUUCGACCUGGGAUUCGUGCUCUCCUAAAGAACCUUGAGAGUGAUUUGGAGGAAUUGGAGAGAACAGUGGAGCCAACAUGGCCAAAAUUGGUAGAGCCAUUGGAGAAGAUUAUAGAUCAGUUGACUGUUGUUUGGGGUAUGAUCAAUCAUCUUAAGGCUGUUAAAGACUCACCAGAACUCCGUGCUGCAAUUGAAGAAGUUCAGCCAGAAAAAGUCAAGUUUCAGCUUAGGCUGGGACAAAGUAAACCAAUAUACGGUGCAUUUAAGGCCAUCCAAGAUUCUCCUCGAUGGCUAUCACUAAGCGAUGCUCAGAAACGUAUAGUGGAAUCCCAAAUAAAAGAAGCGGUUCUUAAUGGUGUUGCUCUUGAUGAUGAUAAAAGAGAGCAGUUUAACAAAAUUGAGCAGGAACUGGAAAGACUAUCACAAAAAUUUGCGGAAAACGUACUGGAUGCCACAAAGAAGUUUGAAAAACUCAUAACAGAUAAGAAAGAUAUUGAAGGUUUGCCUGCUACAGCACUAGGUUUGGCUGCGCAGACUGCAGUAUCUAAGGGGCAUACAGAUGCAACCGCUGAGAAUGGACCAUGGAUAAUUACAUUGGAUGCACCGAGCUUUAUGUCUGUCAUGCAACAUGCCAAAAACCGUGGUUUACGUGAAGAAAUCUACCGUGCUUACGUAACUCGAGCUUCAAGCGGUGAUCUGAAUAAUACAGCAAUUAUUGAUGAAAUAUUGAAGCUUAAGCUGGAAAAGGCUAAGCUCCUGAAUUACAACAACUAUGCUGAGGUAAGCAUGGCAACCAAAAUGGCUACUGUUGAGAAAGCAGAAGAGCUACUAGAAACGCUGCGCAUAGCUUCUUGGGAUGCUGCUGUUCAAGCCUGUGGGAUCACCUCCUUCCAUCAAGGGAACUCUACUUCAUACUCGGUGGACCAAAUUUAUGCCCUUCCUGAUAACCUCUUCCAUGCAUCUCUAUCUGCUCUUGGUGAUUGGUUAAUGGCAUCCAUAGGAAAAGAAAUCUCAACCCCGAAUUUUGAAUUGCCAAAGCGGAAAACUGGAAAUUUUGAUAUUCUGGUGGCAGCAUUGCUCAUGGUUGCUGGUCCUGUUCUCACGUUGUCAUACAAGCUGACGACUUCCCUGCAUAGCUUCUCUAUUAGUUGUGCUAACUUUUCUGCCUCUAAAGCUCUUGUUUCUAUGUUGGCUUUCUUGUACUACUCUGAAGAUAUGGAAGACCUUAAAACUUUCUCCAAAAGUCAAGGUGCAGUGGAAGCAAAUGAUUUGACUCACUGGGAUACCAGCUUCUGGGCUGAGAGGCUUCGUGAGUCAAAAUAUGAUAUCAAUGAGGAAGAACUUCGUCCAUUUUUCUCAUUGCCAAAGGUUAUGGAUGGGCUUUUCAACCUUGCAAAGACACUUUUUGGAAUUGAUAUUGAACCGGCUGAUGGUCUUGCUCCGGUUUGGAAUAAUGAUGUUAAAUUCUACUGUGUCAAAUAUUCCUUGGGCAGUCCAAUUGCAUACUUCUACUUUGAUCCAUAUUCUCGUCCAUCCGAGAAACGGGGUGGUGCAUGGAUGGAUGAGGUAGUUUCUCGAAGUCGCGUUUUGUCACGCAAUGGUACUGCUCCAAGGUUGCCUAUUGCCCACAUGGUGUGCAAUCAAACGCCACCAGUUGGGGACAAACCAAGCCUGAUGACAUUCCGGGAGGUUGAGACUGUAUUCCAUGAAUUUGGUCAUGCCCUCCAGCAUAUGCUAACCAAGCAGGAUGAGGGUCUUGUUGCUGGCAUCCGGGGUAUAGAGUGGGAUGCUGUUGAAUUACCCUCCCAGUUCAUGGAAAAUUGGGAAACUUUGAUGGGCAUUGCAAAGCACUAUGAAACUGGGGAAAGUCUUCCUGAAGAAGUGUAUUUGAAGCUUCUUGCUGCAAGGACUUUUAGAGCAGGCUCCCUUAGUCUUCGUCAGCUAAGAUUUGCAAGUUUAGAUUUGGAGUUGCACACAAAGUACAUACCAGGUGGGUCGGAGUCCAUCUAUGAUGUUGACCAAAGGGUCUCUAAAAGGACACAAGUGAUCCCUCCUUUGCCAGAAGAUAGAUUCCUCUGCGGUUAUGCAGCUGGAUACUACAGUUACAAGUGGGCUGAGGUAUUAUCCGCAGAUGCUUUCUCAGCCUUUGAGGAUGCUGGAUUGGAUAACAGCAAGGCUGUUAAAGAAACAGGGCACAAGUUCCGGGAAACCAUUCUUGCUCUUGGAGGUGGAAAAGCACCACUUGAGUACAUCAAAAGCCCAUUCUCUAGUGAAUUGGUCAACGACCCAACGUCUUCGUGUAAGAGGGAGAGAAGGCUUCGUUACAUUGGAAGAAAGUGUCCGAAAAAGACCCUGUUGAUGGGUCGUCAGGUGGGUGAAGGGGCGACUUACGCAGAUAAUGUUUUGGUUUGCCCAGUCGCGAACCAUGGAGGGGAGCUUCGGGAAAUCUGUGAAUUGAGGAAUGUAGGGGGUGAAUCGUUUGAGGAAGUGGUCCCUUGCGAAUGCGGAGAUGGCAGGCCAGCGGAGAAUGAAAUCCGCUGGGCGUUCGGUGGGCGAUUUGAGUGUCUCGAUGCAGGGAUGGUAAGACCUCUCGUUAAGGAAGAGGUCAAAGAAUGCGUGAUUCCUGGUUUAGUUUCCGAGAGAGAACGUGGAGAAGGAGGUUAUCCCAAAUGUUUAUUCGGUAUGAUUUGCAUGUGUGCUGUCAAGUACCUCCGGAUAGUGGAGGAGACGCAGAGGUGUACGGUAGAGUACGCGAUAAGAGGAGGCCGAAUGGUGACUACGAGGAGUGGAAAGGCCUAUGGGGGAAAUGUGGUAGUGGGCCGUCUUCCGAUAUGGGGAGUGAGGAAGGCCCGCACAGUAGGCCCACGUGGGAGGCCUAGUGGUAUGAAGAGGGCUUCUAAGCCCAAGACAAGGCGGUCCAAGAAGGGUGUUCCUGUGGGCUGCAAAGGGCCAUGUAAGACCCAUACCAUAGACGUGAUAAAGACCUGUUAUCACGAUGGUCGUGGUCCUGGGCUGUUGUCUAAUAUAGACAGAGGUGAUGACCUGGGCCAAAUGGAGGGUAGGAGAAUUAGGGUGAUUAAGAUGUUAUUACGUGGUAAAGUGUAUUUAAACGAUAGUAAUGCUUUGGUCCCGGGCACUAAUAUCUGUAAGAUAUGGAUAAUCAAGGACAUGAGGCAUUAA